GGACACAAAGAUCUGUACAAAGACAUCAUGAUGGAGGAUCACCGACCCCUCACAUCACCAGUUAAGGAAGAGAGAACAUCACCCGAGAGAUGUCCCAGUCCUCUUCUUCCACAGGAUAAUUCAGAAGAACAUCACUAUGUCCCAAAGGAUGAUCAGGUAGAUGGAUAUAAGGGCAUCAUGAUGGAGAAUCACCGGCCUCUCACAUCACCAGUAAAGGAAGAGAUAAGAACACCGGAGAGAUGUCCCAGUCCUCUUCCUCCACAGGAUGGUUCAGAAGAACAUCACAGUUUUCCACAGGAUGAUAAGAUGACUGUACCAGGAACUCAGAGAAAGAUAUGAUAUCUCUAGAUUUUGAAGUAGAUAAUUGUGGUAUCACACAAAAUACAUUUGAAGAGCAUGCCAAUAUCCAAGAUAUACCCUCAUCCAAUCACAGCAACAAUGCAUUAUUUGAUCCUUUUAACCAGGUCCGAUCUUCUGAUUCAUCACAGACUGAAACACAGAAUAAAAGUCACAGAAAAGGUGUUAAACAUCAAACAGCUCACGUAAGAGGGAAGCCAUUUUUAUGUUCAGAAUGUGGAAAAUGUUGUAACAAUAAAUCACAUCUUGUUAUACAUCAGAGAAUUCACACAGAGGAGAAGGCAUUUUUAUGUUCAGAAUGUGGAAAAUGUUGUAACAAUAAAUCACAUUUUGUUAUACAUCAGAGAAUUCACACAGGGGAGAAGCCAUUUUUAUGUUCAGAUUGUGGAAAAUGUUUUAACAAUAAAUCACAUCUUGUUAUACAUCAGAGAAUUCACACAGGAGAGAAGCCAUUUUCAUGUUCAGAAUGUGGGAAAUGUUUUAACCGUAAAUCACAUCUUGUUGUACAUGGGAGAAUUCACACAGGGGAGAAGCCAUUUUCAUGUUCAGAAUGUGGGAAAUGUUUUAACUAUAAAUCGGAUCUUGUUGUACAUCAGAGAAUUCACACAGGGGAGAAGCCAUUUUCAUGUUCAGAAUGUGGGAAAUGUUUUAAGAGUACAUCAGAGCUUGUUAUGCAUCGGAGAAUUCACACAGGGGAGAAGCCAUUUUCAUGUUCAGAAUGUGGGAAAUGUUUUAACUAUAAAUCGGAUUUUGUUGUACAUCAGAGAAUUCACACAGGGGAGAAGCCAUUUUCAUGUUCAGAAUGUGGGAAAUGUUUUAACAAUAAAUCAUCUCUUGUUAAACAUCAGAGAAUUCACACAGGGGAGAAGCCAUUUUCAUGUUCAGAAUGUGGGACAUGUUUUAACCAUAAAUCAGCUCUUGUUGUACAUCAGAGAAUUCACACAGGGGAAAAGCCAUUUUCAUGUUCAGAAUGUGGGAAAUGUUUUAACAAUAAAUCAUCUCUUGUUAAACAUCAAAGAAUUCACAUAGAUCAGAAGCCAUUUUCAUGUUCAGAAUGUGGGAAAUGUUUUAAGAGUACAUUAGAGCUUGUUAUGCAUCGGAGAAUUCACACAGGGGAGAAGCCAUUUUCAUGUUCAGAAUGUGGGAAAUGUUUUAACUAUAAAUCGGAUUUUGUUGUACAUCAGAGAAUUCACACAGGGGAGAAGCCAUUUUCAUGUUCAGAAUGUGGGAAAUGUUUUAACAAUAAAUCAGCUCUUGUUAAACAUCAGAGAAUUCACACAGGGGAGAAGCCAUUUUCAUGUUCAGAAUGUGGGAAAUGUUUUAACAAUAAAUCAUCUCUUGUUAAACAUCAGAGAAUUCACAUAGAUCAGAAGCCAUUUUCAUGUUCAGAAUGUGAUAUGUAUUUCAACCAUAAAUCAUCUCUUGUUAAACAUCAAAAAACCCACGUAAGAGGGAAACCAUUUUCAUGUUCAGAAUGUAAAAAAUGUUUUAACAGUAAAUCAGAUCUUGUUAUACAUCAGAGAAUUCACACAGGGGAGAAGCCAUUUUCAUGUUCAGAAUGUAGAAAAUGUUUUAACCGUAAAUCACAUCUUGUUAUGCAUCAGAGAAUUCACACAGGAGAGAAGCCAUUUUCAUGUUCAGAAUGUGGAAAAUGUUUUAACCAGAAAUCAGAUCUUGUUGUACAUCACAGAAUUCACACAGGGGAGAAGCUAUUUUCAUGUUCAGAAUGUGGGAAAUGUUUUAACCGUAAAUCACAUCUUGUUAUACAUCAGAGAAUUCACACAAGAGAUGAGCCAUUUUCAUGUUCAGAAUGUGGGAAAUGUUUUAAGAGUAAAUCACAUCUUGUUAUACAUCAGAGAAUUCACACAGGAGAGAAGCCAUUUUCAUGUUCAGAAUGUGGGAAAUGUUUUAACCGUAAAACACAUCUUGUUAUACAUCAGAGAAUUCACACAGGAGAGAAGCCAUUUUCAUGUUCAGAAUGUGGAAAAUGUUUUAACCAGAAAUCACAUCUUGUUAUACAUCAGAGAAAUCACACAGGGGAGAAGCCAUUUUCAUGUUCAGAAUGUGGGAAAUGUUUUAACCGUAAAUCACAUCUUGUUAUACAUCAGAGAAUUCACAAAGGGGAGAAGCCAUUUUCAUGUUCAGCAUGUGAUAUGUGUUUCACCCAUAAAUCAUCUCUUGUUAAUCAUCAAAAAACCCACGUAAAAGAGAAGCCAGUUUCAUGUUCAGAAUGUGGAAAAUGUUUUAAAUUUAAAUCAGAAUUAGUGAGACAUCAGAGAAUUCACACAGGAGAGAAGACAUUUUCAUGCUCAGAAUGUGGGAAAUGUUUUAAGUAUAAACAAGGUCUUGUUACACAUCAGAGAAUUCAUACGGGAGAAAGGCCAUAUCCAUGUUCAGAAUGUGGUAAAUCUUUUAAUAGUAAAUCAGAUCUUGUUAUACAUCAGAGAACUCACACAGGAGAGAAGCCAUAUCCAUGUUCAGAAUGUGGGAAAUGUUUUAAGAAGAAAUCGGCUCUUGUUAUACAUCAGAGAGUUCACACAGGGGAGAUGCCAUUUUCAUGUUCAGAAUGUGGGAAAUGUUUUAAGGAUAAAUCAGGUCUUGUUACACAUCAAAGGAUUCACACAGGGGAGAAGCCAUUUUCAUGCUCAGAAUGUGGGAAAUGUUUUAAGUAUAAACAAGGUCUUGAUACACAUCAAAGAAUUCACACAGGAGAGAGUCCAUAUCCAUGUUCAGAAUGUGGUCAAUUUUUUAACAGUAAAUCACAUAUUGUUAUACAUCAGAGAACUCACACAGGGGAGAUGCCAUUUUCAUGCUCAGAAUGUAGUAAAUGUUUUAAGCAUAAAUCAAAUCUUGUUGUACAUCAGAGAGUUCACACAGGGGAGAAGCCAUUUUCAUGUUCAGAAUGUAGGAAAUGUUUUACGCAGCAAUCAGCUCUUAUUGCACAUCAGAGAAUUCACACAGGGGAGAAAACAUUUUCAUGCUCAGAAUGUGGGAAAUGUUUUAAGCAUAAAUCAAAUCUUGUUUCACAUCGGAGAAUUCACACAGGGGAGAAGCCAUUUUCAUGUUCAGAAUGUGGGAAAUGUUUUACCCGUAAAUCAGAACUUGUUAUACAUCAGAGAAAUCACACAGGAGAGAAGCCAUUUUCAUGUUCAGAAUGUGGGAAAUGUUUUAAGCAUAAAUCAUAUCUUGUUAUACAUCAGAGAAUUCACACAGGAGAGAAGCCAUUUUCAUGUUCAGAAUGUGGGAAAUGUUUUAACCAGAAAUCAUAUCUUGUUGCACAUCAGAGAAAUCACACAGGAGAGAAGCCAUUUUCAUGUUCAGAAUGUGGGAAAUGUUUUAAGCAUAAAUCAUAUCUUGUUAUACAUCAGAGAAUUCACACAGGAGAGAAGCCAUUUUCAUGUUCAGAAUGUGGGAAAUGUUUUAACCAGAGAUCAUAUCUUGUUACACAUCAGAGAAUUCACACAGGGGAGAAGCCAUUUUCAUGUUCAGAAUGUGGGAAAUGUUUUAACUGUAAAUCAAAUCUUGAUAAACAUCAGAGAUUUCACACAGGAGAGAAGCCAUUUUUUAAUCCAUUUUUAUGUUCAGAAUGUAGUAAAUGUUUUAAUCAGAAAUCAGAACUUGUUAAACAUCAGAGAGUUCAUACAGGAGAGAAGCCGUUUUCAUGUUCAGAAUGUGGGAAAUGUUUUAAGAAUAAAUCAGCUCUUGUUAUACAUCAGAGAAAUCACACAGGAGAGAAGCCAUUUUCAUGUUCAGAAUGUGGGAAAUGUUUUAAGCAGACAUCAGCUUUUUUUGAACAUCAGAGAAAUCACACAGGGGAGAAGCCAUUUUCAUGUUCAGAAUGUAGUAAAUGUUUUAACAGUAAAUCAGAACUUGUUAGACAUCAGAGAGUUCACACAGGAGAGAAGCCAUUUUCAUGCUCAGAAUGUGGAAAAUAUUUUAAGCAAAAAUCAUAUCUUGUUAUACAUCAGAGAAAUCAUACAGGAGAGAGGUUAUUUUCAUGUUCAGAAUGUGGGAAAUGUUUUAACCUUAAAUCAAGUCUUGUUGUACAUCAGAAAAUUCACACAGGGGAGAAGCCAUUUUCAUGUUUAGAAUGUGGGAAAUGUUUUACCCUUAAAUCAAAUCUUGUUGUACAUCAGAAAAUUCACACAGGGGAGAAGCCAUUUUCAUGUUCAGAAUGUGGGAAAUGUUUCAACCGUAAAUCAUCUCUUCGCUACCAUCAGUCCUCUCACGCAAGAGGGAAGCCAUUUUCAUGUUCAGAAUGUGGAAAAUGUUUUAACCAUAAAUCAUAUCUGGUUAUACAUCAGAGAAUUCACACAGGAGAGAAGCCAUUUUCAUGUUCAGAAUGUGGAAAAUGUUUUAACAAUAAAUCAGAUCUUGUUAUACAUCAGAGAAUUCACACAGGCGAGAAGCCAUUUUCAUGUUCAGAAUGUGGGAAAUGUUUUAACCAUAAAUCACAUCUGGUUAUACAUCAGCGAAUUCACACAGGAGAGAAGCCAUUUUCAUGUUCAGAAUGUGGAAAAUGUGUUAACAAUAAAUCAGAUCUUGUUAUACAUCAGAGAAUUCACACAGGCGAGAAGCCAUUUUCAUGUUCAGAAUGUGGAAAAUGUUUUAACAAUAAAUCACAUCUUGUUAUACAUCAGAGAAUUCACACAGGGGUGAAGCCAUUUUCAUGUUCAGAAUGUGGGAAAUGUUUUAACCGUAAAUCACAGCUUGUUGUACAUCAGAGAAUUCACACAGGGGUGAAGCCAUUUUCAUGUUCAGAAUGUGAGAAAUGUUUUAACCAAAAAUCGUAUCUUGUUGUACAUCAGAGAAUUCACACGGGGGAGAAGCCAUUUUCAUGUUCAGAAUGUGGGAAAUGUUUUAAGAGUAAAUCAGAUCUCUUUAUACAUCACAGAAUUCACACAGGGGAGAAGCCAUUUUCAUGUUCAGAUUGUGGGAAAUGUUUUAAACAAAAAUCAGAUCUUUUUAUACAUCAGAGAAUUCACACAGGGGAGAAGCCAUUUUCAUGUUCAGAAUGUGGGAAAUGUUUUAACAGUAAAUCAGUUCUUGUUAAACAUCAAAGAAUUCACACAGGGGAGAAGCCAUAUUCAUGUUCAGAAUGUGGGACAUGUUUUAACCGUAAAUCAUAUCUUGUUGUACAUCAGAGAAUUCACACAGGGGAGAAGCCAUUUUUAUGUUCAGAAUGUGGAAAAUGUUUUAACCAUAAAUCGGAUCUUGUUGUACAUCAGAGAAUUCACACAGGGGAGAAGCCAUUUUUAUGUUCAGAAUGUGGGAAAUGUUUUAACCGUAAAUCAGCUCUUGUUGAACAUCAGAGAAUUCACACAAGGGAGAAGACAUUUUUAUGUUCAGAAUGUGAUAUGUAUUUCAACCAUAAAUCAUCUCUUAUAUGGCAUCAAACUUUACAAGUUGUAGGGAAGCCAUUUUCAUGUUCAGAAUGUGGAAAAUAUUUUAACCAGAAAUCACAUCUUGUUACACAUCAGAAAAUUCACACAGGAGAGAAGCCAUUUUCAUGUUCAGAAUGUGGGAAAUGUUUUAACCGUAAAUCACAUUUUGUUAUACAUCAGAGAAUUCACACAGGAGAGAAGCCAUUUUCCUGUUCAGAAUGUGAGAAAUGUUUUAACUAUAAAUCAGAUCUUGUUGUACAUCAGAGAAUUCACACAGGAGAGAAGCCAUUUUCAUGUUCAGAAUGUGGGAAAUGUUUUAAAAAUAAAUCAACUCUUGUUAAACAUCAGAAAAUUCACACAGGGGAGAAGCCAUUUUCAUGUUCAGAAUGUGGGAAAUGUUUUAACUAUAAAUCAGAUCUUGUUGUACAUCAGAGAAUUCACACAGGGGAGAAGCCAUUUCCAUGUUCAGAAUGUGGGAAAUGUUUUAAGAGUAAAUCAGAUCUUGUUGUACAUCAGAGAAUUCACACAGGGGAGAAGCCAUUUUCAUGUUCAGAAUGUGGGAAAUGUUUUAAGAGUAAAUCAGAUCUUGUUGUACAUCAGAAAAUUCACACAGGGGAGAAGCCAUUUUCAUGUUCAGAAUGUGGGAAAUGUUUUAAGAGUAAAUCAGAUCUUGUUGUACAUCUGAGAAUUCACACAGGGGAGAAGCCAUUUGCAUGUUCAGAAUGUGGGAAAUGUUUUAACCAUAAAUCAGAUUUUGUUGUACAUCAGAGAAUUCACACAGGAGAGAAGCCAUUUUCAUGUUCAGAAUGUGGGAAAUGUUUUAAGAGUAAAUCAGAUCUUGUUGUACAUCAGAGAAUUCACACAGGGGAGAAGCCAUUUUCAUGUUCAGAAUGUGGGAAAUGUUUUAACCAUAAAUCAGAUCUUCUUGUACAUCAGAGAAUUCACACAGGGGAGAAGGCAUUUUCAUGUUCAGAAUGUGGGAAAUGUUUUACCUAUAAAUCAGAUCUUGUUGUACAUCAGAGAAUUCACACAGGGGAGAAGCCAUUUUCAUGUUCAGAAUGUGGGAAAUGUUUUAAGAGUAAAUCAUAUCUUGUUGUACAUCAGAGAAUUCACACAGGGGAGAAGCCAUUUUCAUGUUCAGAAUGUGGGAAAUGUUUUAACCAUAAAUCAGAUCUUGUUGUACAUCAGAGAAUUCACACAGGGGAGAAGCCAUUUUCAUGUUCAGAAUGUGGGAAAUAUUUUAACCAUAAAUCAAAUCUUGUUAUACAUCAGAGAAUUCACACAGGGGAGAAGCCAUUUUCAUGUUCAUAAUGUGGGACAUGUUUUAUCCAUAAAUAAGCUCUUGUUGUACAUCAGAGAAAUCACACAGGGCAGAAGACAUUUUUAUGUUCAGAAAAAAAACCACAUAUCAGAGAAGCCAU